AUGGUGCUUGUAGCCACAGUGGCAGCAGCGAUAUUGGUCGAGGGAUUGGCCUUGGGUAGGCAGGUGCCUGUGGUCGGUGCUGGUGGUCCCGAGGCCGUGGGUGAGGUGGUCUUUGCCUGGAAGGCGCUCAACUACUCCAACAUGCCGGCCGGAGUGGCUUACGACCCUGCGGCGUGCAUGCUCGCGGGAGUCAAGGUCUCCAUGGACGGAUCGUACUUUGUCUCGGUGCCGCGAUGGAAGCCACACGUCCCAGCUACCCUCGCCCGACUCGAUACUUCGGUCGCCCCGCCGCUCCUCACUCCAUUUCCAUCGUGGGAAGGCAACUCGCUGGACAACCCGCGCGGCUUGCGUUCGGUCCUUGGCUUUGAGAUCGACGCCACCAACACGCUCUGGGCCCUUGAUCAGGGCAAGCUCGUCGGCUAUGACGUCGCCACGGGCAAAGUUGUGUUCUUCCUUGUCUUUGGCCCUGAACUCGCCUCACCCUCUCGCUCUUUCCUCAACGACCUUGUUGUCGACCGCGCCCACGGCUACAUCUACAUCUCUGACUCAGGCAUUCCCAUUGAUCCGCAGCAGCAAGUACUUGGCGGCCUGUUGGUCGUUGACAUUGCUUCCGUCAAGGCAACACGGGUGCUCUCGGGCGCUCCGUCGGUCCAGGACUCGCCGCUGUGGAUCACCAUCAACGGCGACAAGGUCCUCGCCACCACGCGCAUGCGGACCGGAGCCGAUGGCAUUGCGCUCACUCACGAUCUCGAAACUGUUGUCUUCUGCCCGCUCACAUCUCAUCACUACGCCAUGCUCCCGGCCUCAGUCCUCCGCGCCGUCGCCAACGGAACCGCCCCGCCCGCCGCUGUCGACGCCGCCGUUGUCCCGCUCGGCGAUCGCGGCUUUGCCUCGGACGGCCUUGGUUUCUCCAACGUCAGCGCCCUCUUCCUCACGUCGCUCGAGGGCUCAGGCAUCUUUUCCGCCGUCUCGCCCGGCGCGCCCAUCACCAAGCUCUGGGCAGACGCCAAGGCCUCGGUCUGGCCCGACACCAUCGGCUGGGACCACACCGGCAACAUCGUGUGGACUUCGAACCAGUUGUACAAGUACAUGGAGGGCGUGCUCGACUACUCGGAGAUCAACUUUCGCAUCUACCGCGCCAUGGUUGGCAUGGACUCGUACCUUGCCGGCAUCUUCCCGCCAUCGUCUACCGACCAUCCGCGCCAUCAUGACUAA